AACCGUGGGUUAAAGCUCGCAGCUAUCAGUCGCGUUUUAACGUUGGUGUUGGAAGGACGUGGUGUUGGAACACUUCGGCGCAGCUCCAUGUGCUGCACACGUUUCUGAGUGCGUGUUUUCGUGAACUUUUCCCAGUUGCUGAUUUUUGGGAUUACCAUUGACUGAAGGGAUUACCAAGAUGAUGAAACACGUGCAGCUUUCUCCUUACAGGAGUAGAGCUGACACAGUGUCCCUAAGCUCAACGACAUCCUACGGAAGCCUCAGUCCUGAACCGCUAGGAAGUCGCUCUUCGAGCUACUCAUCACUCAAUGACUCUUCUUCAGGAAAUUUACAGACAACCAUAAAAGUUUAUGCCAAAUGUUUACGACCGGAUAUCGAGUACAAGACCCUCAGCAUCACUUUCCAAACGACGUGUAAAGAAGUAGUAGCGACACUUUUGGGCAAAUAUAAAAUGAAGCACCGAGACCCGAAACUUUUCUAUCUCAGUAUGGAAGUUACGGUUCGUAAAGCCGGAGUUCGAACACAUCUGGCUUUAGAUGAGGAAGCGAGACCCGCGGUGUUACAAAGUUGCCACCCAAGAGGCGAUUCGAAGUUUUCCCUCCAGACUCGACGCGGAGGCUUGGUAAAAGUCCACGAUUCGGUCCUCAACAGCAACUCGCAGUAUAAAAGUCUAUUAAUAAGCGCUAGGACAACAGUGGAUGAAUUAAUAGCCCUGCUUUUGAAUUGUUACAACAGCAAAGAACGCGUGGAGCAGUUCUCUUUGUACGAAGUCAACACUGAUAAGGAGCAACAAAGAAAAUUACAUCCGGACGAUAGGCCCCUGCAGGUGCAACAAACUUGGUUACCCUUACACAAAUGCCAUUUCCUAGUCAGAAGAAACCCCGACUAUUUACCGCUCUCGCGAAGAAAAAUUUUCUGGGUCUCUGACUUGCCGCCGUUACCUCAGUCCAGGCUUUUCCAAUCAGCCACUCAACUCACCCAAAUCUCCAAGUCACAGAACUCUCUGGUUCCGACAAACACGAAGGAAGAAACCAAGACUAAAACAGCUCAACUCAAGUCGAGCAAAGAGUACGUCAGUAGGAACAAAAACAGCGAUUUGAAAGUUUUCGGAAGCAGUUCACAAAUCGCACAAAACGGAAGCAACUCGUAUGCGGAUUAUGAGAAUUAUUUUUACAUUUGAAAUUUUUUUUGUUCCUGUGUGAGUCUAGUUGGUUUUUGGAUGUGAUAGAUGCAGCCUAAAAUUGAUUAUUUUAACCAAAGAUUUUCAGAGAGUCUCUCUUUUAAAUUUGAAUUUUGUUCGUCUUGAAGUAAUAAAUGUUUGAGUGUAAUAAUUUGUGGACUAUUUGGAGUAGUUUUAUAAUCAUACCUGAUUAGCGCACAGCGUCUAUUUAUUGUUUGAUAGAUUAAUUGUGUAAUGAGUUUUUUCCUUAUGUGUGUAGUUAAACUAAAUGUUAAUCUAUUCGUACGUCUGAUGUGUUUACCCAAAGACUAGAAUUAAAACAUAAUUUUGGAAACGUAUCUGUAUAACUAACUGUGCAAUGUGUAUAUAAAAAUACCAAAGAAUCACUGUAAA